AUGACCAUGACCAUGGCGCCGCGUGAGGGCGACGGCGCCGCGGAGGGCGGCGUGGACCUGUGGGCGAUGGCCGCGGAGCUGGAGCGGCAGUUCGCCGGGUACAAGCAGCGGUACCCGGAGAGGACGAGCAGCUGCGACAUCGUCGACGAUGCUGGUUCCCCCCUGCAAGCUGCCGACGGCGGUGGCGCGAGCAGCGGUGACGAGGAGGAGGACGGCGACGGCGGAGGAGGCGUGCGGGGCCGGAUGUACGAGGCGUACACGCGGCGGAGGGACGAGCGGCUGCGCUCGGUGUGGCGCGCGCGGAUGGAGCGCAAGGAGGCCGAGGUCAUGGCGCUCUGGGCGCAGCUCCGGGGCGGCGGCCCGGCAGCGGCCUUGGCGGCGGAGGACGACGACGAUGUCGACGGUUGCACCGGCGCCGGAGAGGUAGGUAAUUCCGAAGCAGAGGAGGACGGCGAGAAGAGGAGGAGCUCCGACGUAGCAGCCCCAGGAAGGGUUUCCGGCAAGAAGCACGCGCGCACCAGGAAGAGCUUCUCGUCGGUUAACCUGGUCAAAAGCAGCCGCCCCGACGUCGGGUUACGGCGCGCGCUGUCGCAAGAACCGCUGCCACCGGCUAGCUCCGUCGCCGAGGGUGCCAGCAAGAAGCACGGCGCACCGAUUGGCGCCGCCGCGACGAAGCGUAAGGCAUUGUCCGGCAGCAAAGGGGGGUCGGUGAAAGGACACGGCUCGGUCAGGCAAGCCGGCCCGAAGCCGCCGCGUGGCGGCUUGCACCGGAGGUGCAGCUCCGGCGGCAUGGAGGCGGUUGUGCUGCCGGCCUGUUCGAGCGAGCACGCUGCGGCAUCCCACCAUGAGGAUGAGGCUCAAAAGGCUUCUUCCCCAACACGAUUCGUCGGGAGUGACAACGGUGACACUGGCAUCGAGACCGCACGAGCCUCCUCGCCGGAAUCAGAGGUGGUGGACAACGGUGCGGCCGCAGACGGCCGCGAAGCUGAACUGAAGAACGCUCUGGUCGACGUGGCUGACAAACGCAACGCCGAGGAGACCGUGGUGCAGUCUCUUGAUGCCGAUGCCAAGCUUGGCAACGGAGAGAUCACCAGCGACUCUGAAAUCGAGCCAAGCUACGUCGUCAUCAAGAAGAAGGUUGUCGAAGGUAAAGCCGCGAGGGGCUCUGACAUUCUGGGCGCUGGAUCGGAUGCUGAUCCACAGACCGAGGACAAAAAUGUUGGCAAUGCAGCUGCAGAUCAGGCUACCAGCGCGGCCGACGCAGCCACCGCCACGACGGCAAACGCCGAUGAAAGCUACGAUGACUUGUCCUCCUUCACCGGCACCGGCCGGUCAGACCGGGGCUCCGCGCGAAACAGCUCUCCCUCCUGCAGCUCCCGGGCCCAGUCCGUCGAGAGGCUGCUCGAAGCCGACGCCGCGCUGGUGCGGAAGAAGCGCGAGGAUCCGGGCGUCGGCGGUAGGAGGAGCGCCCAGACGGUGUCGACGCCGCCCAGCGCGCGGAGCAGGGGGACGACGACGUCGCCGAGAGGGACAGGGUUGGGGUUCAAGAAGCGGUUCCUGAGUUUUGGGAAGAAGACCAGGGGCAAGGAUGGUGCCACCGUCAUCGAGUGCACGUCUCCGGCGUCGGUGCCGGCCUCGCCGGCUGACUGCGGCAGCGCGAGAAGACGGUGUCGGACCGCCGACGAUUCGAUCGGGCCCAGGGUGGUGGGCUAUUCCUCGGAUGCAGCUGCCUCCGAUGACACGGACCUCGCCGCCUCUCCCCGGGUUUGCUCUCUCCAAAGCCUUGUAGCUGCUUCGCCUGCAAAGUCUGACCUGAGUGAGAUGGUUCCCAUGGAGAAAUCACCAAAAUCUCAUCGCUCAUUCUUCUCGUUUCGGUCGUUCAACUGUGGCAGGGGAUGA